AGCAAAAGAUACCCUUUUUCUAAUCAAGUUUCUUCCCUUUUCUAGCCCUUUGCUAUUGAGGACUACAGAGCGUGUCUUCCGGCAAGACACAUACAGCAACAUGCCCAUCCAACAGCCCUCCAAUCAGAUCAAGUUUACCAACGUAUCAGUGGUCAGGUUGAAAAAAGGUAAAAAGAGAUUCGAACUCGCCUGUUAUAAGAACAAACUACUAGAGUACCGCUCCGGGGCGGAAAAAGACCUGGACAAUGUUCUUCAAGUCCCUACGAUCUUCCUCUCCGUCUCAAAAGCCCAAACCGCCCCGUCAGCAGAGUUAACCAAAGCGUUCGGUGCCAACACCCCUGCAGACGAGAUCCGACAGGAGAUUUUACGGAAAGGCGAAGUGCAAGUUGGUGAGCGUGAGCGAAAGGAGAUCAUCGAGCGGGUGGAGAAGGAGGUGUUGGAUAUUGUGUCGGGUAGGCUGGUUGACCCGACGACCAAGCGAGUCUAUACACCCGGAAUGAUUUCUAAGGCGUUGGAUCAACUGAGUUCGGCGAGCGGGCAGAUGCAACAGGCGCAGAGUCAGAGUAAUAGUGGGGAUGGAAACGGUGAUGGAGAGGAGGGUCGCCCUGCUCAGCCCCGGAGGCCGCUCUGGACCGGUGUCACUUCCAACAAGUCGGCGAAAAUCCAAGCUCUUGAAGCCAUGAAGGCACUCAUCGCAUGGCAGCCGAUUCCAGUUAUGCGAGCACGGAUGCGUCUUCGAGUGACUUGUCCGGUGCCGCUUUUGAAACAGAGCGUUAAGUCUGGAGCACCCGCAACCUCGAAUAAAGAGAAGGAAGCCUCGUCGGGCGGCAACUCCAAAUCAAAUAAGAAAGGUGGCAAAGGGUCAAAGAAAUCGGCACGCCAGCAGGAUUCCGAUGCUGAGGGUGCCUCUGAUGUCGAGCCCCCGCAGCCGAAGGCACCGACUAACGUCAAGGACAAGAUUCUGAGCUUCGUGGAGUCCGUCGAGUCGCAAGAAAUUGCAGGCGACGAGUGGGAGGUUGUUGGAUUUGCUGAGCCGGGGGCGUUCAAGGGGCUAAACGAAUUUGUGGGUAACGACACCCGGGGCAGAGGACGAGUAGAAGUGCUGGAUAUGGCCGUCACUCAUGAAGACUAAGAGGCCUAGAUGCGGGAGUAUAUAUUCAGUUUGCGAGCCUUUGCACAGCGCAUGGUCGAUUCACGUAUAGAUAACUUACACUCAGACUUGUGCUAUGAUUAAUGAUUACUCGGGUGGAAGCAGGAUACCAGUGCUAACGGAAUGAUCACUCAGAUGAUGAUCUACCUCAUGCUCUUUAAUGAAUGAAUUAGAAUAAAUACAAACAGUAACCCAGAGGUGCUUCUAUUUCUUGUGAGUUGC